UUGGUUGCCAUGUAAUUUCCUGCCGCUGGACUGGAGCGAAGGCAGAGCGAGCGGACCAGACGGGCUUAAGGGCUCUCAGUGUGACUGACUUGACUGUGCGUACACCGCUCUGCCCCGUAGCACUUCAGGCAAGAUGUCGGUGGCCGGCCUCAAGAAGCAGUUUUACAAGGCUAGCCAGCUGGUCAGUGAGAAGGUGGGUGGAGCUGAGGGCACCAAGCUCGAUGAAGACUUCAAGGAAAUGGAAAGAAAGGUGGACGUGACCAGUAAGGCUGUGUCAGAAAUGAUUGCUAGAACCUCUGAGUAUCUGCAGCCAAACCCAGCAUCAAGAGCCAAGCUGUCUAUGCUCAACACAGUAUCCAAAAUUCGUGGGCAGGUCAAGAAUCCUGGCUAUCCACAACCUGAGGGACUUCUGGGGGAAUGUAUGCUGAAGUAUGGCAAAGAGCUAGGAGAGGACAAUAAUUUUGGUGCUGCCCUUGUGGAUGCUGGAGAGACUAUGAAGCGACUGGCUGAGGUGAAGGACUCUUUGGAUAUUGAAGUAAAGCAAAACUUUAUUGACCCUCUGCAGAACCUAUGCGACAAAGACCUCAAGGAGAUCCAGCAUCACCUAAAAAAACUGGAGGGUCGUAGGCUAGACUAUGAUUACAAGAAGAAGCGUCAGGGUAAAAUCCCAGAUGAGGAGGUGCGCCAAGCCCUGGAAAAAUUUGAUGAAUCCAAGGAAGUUGCAGAGACCAGUAUGUUCAACUUGCUAGAGACUGAUAUUGAGCAGGUCAGCCAGCUGUCCGCUCUGGUGGAGGCCCAACUUGAUUACCACAGACAAGCUGUUCAAGUCAUGGAAGAUCUUUCAGAAAAGUUGAAGAUAAGGAUGAAUGAAGCAUCUUCACAGCCUAAAAGGGAAUAUACUCCAAAGCCUAAGCCUGUUUACAGCUAUGGAGACCAAGAUCAGUCGAAUGGGGGUUUUUCUUAUGGAUCUUCAGCAGCUAGCCAACCCUCCAGUAAGGCACCAGCAGCUUCAUUCCGCUCGGAUCGACCAGUCCGUGCACCCAGUGUCCGCAGCACCUCCAUGGAUCAGCCAUGCUGCAAGGCACUGUACGACUUUGAGCCCGAGAAUGAUGGCGAAUUGGGCUUCAAGGAGGGUGACAUAAUCACGCUGACCAAUCAGAUUGAUGACAACUGGUAUGAAGGCAUGCUGCAUGGCCUGUCGGGCUUCUUCCCCUUGAACUAUGUGGAGGUCCUGGUUCCCCUUCCCCACUAGAUACUGGAGGACUUUAAAUGCAGUUUUCAGAGAACGACUUGAAGAACACUACGUUAACUCUCGAUUCAUGUCUCUCUCUCUCUUUUUUUUUUUAUUCCCCCCCCCUCCUUUCUCCCCCCAACACCAUCACUACAACCCCAACAAACCCCUCUGCAGCCUUUUCAGCAUUGUCACACUAAAAUCCCCUAAGUGACAGCUUCUUCUGCCUUAAACAGGGUGGGUGAAAAUACAUCCUGUGAAUUUGGUGGGCACUGGGGUCACUUAACAUUCCAACACAUUACAUUGCCCCCUGCAGAGGAAUGUUAACAGUAUUAAAUAUUUUGUUUGCACACUUGCAGGAGCCAUGAGAGCCGUGGUCCUGCAUACAUACACUAAAGGGACCAAACUAACAACUGAAAACUCCCCCCACCUCCACCCCACCCCCCCACCCCUUUUUCCCUUUAACUGGUGGAAUUGGAAGUGGUCUUCAGAAUUAUGGCACCAUAUUCACAGAGAUAAUUGUGAUAUUGAAGCUGUAAAGGGGUGCUGAAGUUCCGGUGCACGAUGGUUGCCUGGCGUUUCUUAACGGGGGGGUAAGUUUUGCUAAGCCACAUCUGGCCCCCUUUUGCUUACACUAAUGCUGCUGCCACUCAAGGAAAAAAAAAAAAAUCAAAAAAUAAGCACAGUUUUCAAAACACUAAAGAAUAUUCACUGCAUGUUUUUUGGGAGAGUGGAACACUCCAUGGCAGCUUGUAGGUUUCAAGACAAAAAAAAAGAAUGUGCUCGUGGCUUUAAAAUCCAUGUUUCUCCAACCUUGGGGACACAAAAGGGAUGGCAGAAGGUGACAUGGCAGGUUUUAAGAUAUGAAGAGACAAUCUGCUUUUUUUUUUUGUUUGUUUUUCUUUUCUCUCUCCCCCCCCCCCUUUACGUCCUCCACAAUGCACCCCCCCAAACCGUGCAGCGUGUUUUUUUUGUUUUGUUUUUUUAAGGAAGCACUAUUUGUGUUGUCAGGUACCGUGAGGAAACAUACUGCUUCCCUUUUUGUCACUGACCCUGUGCAACCCUAAACUGAUGAGUUUAUUAAUUCCAUAAAGUGAAGCGGGCCAUACUGGCACAGUGCAGAGGGCAGGCCCUACUUCCCCAUUUGCUCUGUGUAGUAACGCUUUUGUUUUUGUGGUAACUCGUGCACCAGGUGUCGGCUUGCUUUCCUUCAUACACCUCGUGGCUUCCACAGGUUAACUGCAGGCAGUUCCUGACCUACUCAGAAGCCCACGACCUGUCCCACUGCCUCUCCCCCUGCGCGCAUGUCUCAGACUCCCCCCAUCCCGCCUUUUGCCUUUUCAGCUCUACCAAGUAUUGUAAACCCGUAUAGCCCACCGAUCGUUUGAGAGUUUUCUAAAUGCGCCGUCCCAUCCAAUCACCCCCCCCCCCCCCCCCCAGCCCCCAACUCUACAGUGUAUUGGCGAUUUCAGCGCCUUGUGUAUUGGAAAAUGCAAAAAAAAAAGGUAAAAAUCAGUGAAUUGUAUAAGAGUCUAUCUUUUGAUAUUACAAGUCCGUUAUCAUGAUGCUUAUUCAAUUGAAAAUUUAUUUUCGUUUUGUUACAAAAUAAUCCUGCAUGUAGAAAUAUACCCCCCCACCUCCUCCAUUAUGGUAUUAAAAUAGCCAUGAACUAAUUAAGAGUCCAGGCAGCCAAGGGGAUUGUCCUCUUCUGUUUUGGAUUGUUUUAUAUUAAAAAAAAAAAAGAA